UCUCAGGGUUGGUAUUUUAGGGACUUUCCUGAUCGCUCCAACUUCCCUGGGGCCCUUCCCCUCCUCUGUUUUCUCUCACUUUACCUUUCCCUCACUCGCCUGCUGUAUUUCCCCACAGUCCCUGGUAUCAGCGUGCCCCGCUUCCUGCAGCUGGCAUUCUCUGACCUGUUUGACAGCCUGUAUUCACUAAGAGGAUCUGUUGUGCCUUCCCUGCACACUGGGGACCGUCCUUACUGGCUCUUUAUGAUUAGACAAAUAACUUCUGCAACGUGACAUCCUGGAUCUUACACUUUAAACUCUUCUCAAGACCCACAAGAGACAACCACCUGGGAACAUAACUGCUUAUAAAAUGGAAAAAACAGACUUUUAUAUGGUUACACUGGAUACCUAUGACCAUUCCAGUGAUCUGGUGGAUGAGAAUGAGCCAACACCGGAGGCACACAAUGGCCCAUACUUGGCGAUUAUUGAGCAACCCAAGCAGCGCGGAUUCCGAUUUCGAUAUGUUUGUGAAGGACCAUCACACGGGGGGCUGCCAGGAGCAACCAGUGAAAAAGGAAGGAAGACGUAUCCAACUGUAAAACUCUUUAAUUACAUCGGGAUGGCAAAGAUUGAAGUGGACCUGGUGACGCACACGGACCCCCCAAGGGUUCACGCACACAGCCUGGUGGGAAAGCAAACCAAUGAACAAGGAAACUAUGUGGUGGCAGUGGGACCCACAGACAUGACGGCUCAGUUUAACAGCCUGGGUAUUGUACACGUCACCAAGAAAAGCCAGACUGAUAUAGUGAAACUGAAAAUGCGGCAGCAGUUGCUGAGAAAUCGCAAGACACCACUCACUGAGCAGGAAGAGAAGAAGAUCGAACAGGAAGUUAAAGAACUGAAAAAAGUUACAGAUCUCAGCAUAGUCCGCCUUAGAUUCACUGCGUACCUACCUGACAGCAACGGCGCAUUCACGCUUUCAUUACCACCAGUGAUUUCAGAUCCUAUCCAUGAUAGCAAAUCUCCUGGAGCAUCAAACCUGCGCAUUUCACGAAUGGAUAAAACUGCAGGCUCUGUAAAAGGAGGGGAUGAAGUAUAUCUACUCUGCGAUAAAGUCCAAAAAGAUGACAUAGAAGUGCGCUUUUAUGAAGACGAUGACAAUGGCUGGCAAGCGUUUGGCGACUUCUCACCCACAGACGUACAUAAGCAGUAUGCCAUAGUGUUUCGGACACCGCCGUAUCACAAGAUGAAGAUUGAUCGUCCGGUCACAGUUUUUUUACAGUUAAAGCGCAAAAAAGGUGGAGAUGUCAGUGAUUCAAAGCAGUUUACUUACUACCCCUUGGAGCAAGAUAAAGAAGAAGUGGAGAGAAAAAAACGCAAGGAUCUCCCAACUUUCAACAACCACUUCUAUGGCGGAGGGGCCCCCAUGGGCGGCGCUGGAGGUGGAUCUGGUAGCUUUGGACUUGGAGGAAGCAGUAACAUGAAUUUCAACUUUGCCAGCUUGCCCCCCAGUUAUUACAGUUCCGGGCAUGUGGGGGGCUACCAGGGCGGGGGGCACAUGAUGAAAGACUCAGCACCUGUGGAACCUAACGAGAGAAAAGAGACGUUGGAAAACAUUAAACUGGAAAACGAAGAAUCUGAGCCACAAAGGGAGAGCGCUGUGUCCCAGCAGAGGAUUGUACACUAUAGGGAGUUAUGGCAUCAAGCUAAUAUGAGGAUGCUGUCCCACGUUCAGCGCACAUCACAAGCUUUACUGGACUACGCCAGGACUUCGGAUCCUCGCAUGCUCCUGGCAGUGCAGAGACCUUUAACGUCAACGCGGGAUGAAAACGGAGACACACCUUUACAUAUCGCCAUCAUACACGGGCAGACGUCUGUCAUCCAUCAACUCGUUCAUGUCAUCGCGAGUAUCCCCAACCAACAGAUUAUCAACAUGAGGAACCACCUGCACCAGACUCCUCUGCACCUUGGCGUGAUUACCCAGCAGUAUAGUGUGGUGACGUUACUGCUGAGAGCUGGGGCUGAUCCCACUAUCCUUGAUCGUUAUGGGAACUCUGUGUUUCACUUGGCCGUGCAAGCAAGGGAUGAGAAGAUGCUUAAUGUUCUGCUGACUCACAUGUCCACUGCCCACAGGAACCUUCUCAACAUGCCAGAUUAUCAUGGUUUGUUCCCGGUUCACUGGGCAGUGAAAGGGAAGAAUGAAAAGUGUAUAGAGGUGCUUGUAAACGGAGGUGCCGAUGUCAAUGCCGCAGAAAGGAAGAGUGGGCGUUCCCCACUACACAUUGCGGUGGAGAUGGAUAACCUAAAUAUGGCUACAUUCCUGAUCAAGAGGCUGGGAGCUGACAUCAAUUUACGGACAUUUGGGGGUAACACGCCGCUGCACCUGGCUGCAAGUUUAGGAUCUCCUGUUCUCACCAAGAUGCUUAUCAGUGCUGGAGCUGAUGUCUACUCUGAAAAUGAUGAGCCCAUGAGAGUCUCAGCGCCUUAUAAGAGACAAAGCACAGACAGCGAUUCUGAUGUGACAAUGGACUCUGACGAGGAAGAGGACACCGAUUCAGACACUAGUGUAGAUAUGGACUCUGAAUCUGACCACAGUGGGGAUGAUAUGGGCAGACGGACACACUGUACACUGAAGAGAAAGCACCCAGGACACACACCACUUGAUUUAGCUAAAACCCAAAAGGUGCGGGAGAUCUUGUGCAAGCACACACCUGGCAGCGUGGCACGGGCACCGGCAGCGCCAGAAUCUGGUAAUGUUCUGUCUUUGGAGACAAACACUGUGCGCCGACUGGAGCAAAUACUAAACGAUGGUCAAACUGGCGCGGACUGGACGGAGCUCGCUACACGACUGAGGCUUCAAAGUUUAGUUGAUACCUACAGGAACACGCCCUCCCCCACGGAGCGCCUGCUGCACAGCUAUGAACUUGCGGGAGGCAGUCUUAAAGAGCUUAUUACAACACUAGAAUCCAUGGGACUGAAUGAGGGUGUACAGCUCCUGUGCCAGUCUGAAACAUACACCAAACUGCGGGCAUCAGAAGGGAAAAUUGACAGUGCGUACGGAAGUCAGUCGGUGGAAGGAGAUCAAACUAUGGAAUCCCAGAGUACAGAGCCACAGAAACCAACACUUCAAGUUACCAGAACAAGGUCCCCAACAGCUGAACUGGCUGCAAACACAAAACCAGCAAGUGGAAAAUAAACUGUAAAAUAUCACUGAUUGGAGUGAGAGCUCUGGACUUUGUGCUUUGAGUUAAUCUAUUGGAGAGUAUGAAAUUGGGGAUUACUCAAAACCUGUGGGGGUUUUAAAACAAAGAAACAAUGUUAUAAUUUGCAAAUAAUGUUUUUUUAUAUGUUCCUUUUCUAUUUUUAUUCAAAAUCACACUUGGAAAGUCAGUUGAACAGAACAAGCAUAUAAGCUGCAUCGGAUGAGAAAAAAAAAACAAUUAUUCCAAAUCAGCAGAGGCUAUGGCUUCCGUUUGACCCAGUAACACUGAUAUAUGUAACUGUUUGCUAGUUUCGUUGUAUCUUCCAUUUCCACUUUGCACUUUCCACUACUCAUAUUAUUUAAAUAGUUUCUAUUUUUGUUUAUCAAGAAUAAAUUGAAUAUAUAUAUAUAAAAAGUAUUUUGUAACAAUGUAUCAGCAUAUUUUUGUCAGAGCGUUCGUAUACAGCACAAUUCUCUUGAUAACAUCAUUAUUGAGGUAGAGAAAUAUUGUAAUUCUGAAUUAGGGAACUGAAUACAUUUUUUUUAUCAUAUUUAUAAAGUAGAGUUUUUGUUUGCAGAGAACUUAAGUGCUUUGGAGUGUAACAGGACACAGCUACUUUCAACCAACCAGGACCUGUCCACAUGUUAUCAACCAAUUAGGAUCUAUUUGGUGACAUUAUGCCGAUAGGAGGGACACGGUGCACUCUGCUAAUACUAUGAUCUGGCAUAAAAUAUAUGUAGUUACACUUGUUUUGGUAUAAACACUAUUAAUGUUUUAUGAGGUUGUUAAAAAAUAAAUAAGCAGCUCAAAGGCCCAUUCUUGAAAAAGUAAACAGUGCCCCAUUGUCAGAUUUAUGUGUAAAAUAAUUGUUAUCUGAAGUCUAGUAAACUUUCUUACUGAGCGACUUGUAAAAGCUUCACUCCA